CUUCAGCUGCCACUUUGUUUUUCAACAUGUAGCUUCAGGGACAGUAGUGUCACUAUGACAUUGCCACUUAAAGGAGGUCAAUAUUUUGUAGGCUGUUAUACAUCAAUUUCUACAGAUUAAUAUUUGCUUGUUUUCUUCUUUUAAAUCUUCAAAUAGCACCAAUGGACUUCCUCGGACUCUUCGACCCAGCGAACUCUGAUGAGUUGGGAGAUGGUGGUGAGACCUUCACAGACCAGCUCCCACCAGAGCCACAGGUGGGGAAUGUGGAAUAUAAGCUGAAGUUAGUCAGCCCAUCUAAGCAGCGCUUUGAACAUCUUGUUACACAGAUGAAAUGGCGUCUGCGUGAGGGCCAGGGUGAAGCCAUUUAUGAAAUUGGUGUAGAAGAUAAUGGAGUUUUGGCAGGAUUGUCAGAUUAUGAAAUGUCUGCAAGCCUGCAGACACUUCAGCAGAUGGCUUUCAAGUUAGGUGCCACAACCACAAUACUGAGAGAGAGACUGAUUGAUAAUGAGAAUGGAAAUGGCAGAAAAGUAGCAGAGGUCCUUGUCAGAAAGGUACCUGAUGACCAACACAACAUUGAGGUACGUGUAGCUGUAAUGGGAAGUGCAGAUGCUGGAAAGUCAACGUUGCUUGGAGUACUCACCCAAGGACAGUUGGACAAUGGCAGAGGUUGUGCUCGGCUCAACAUGUUCCGUCAUCUCCACGAAGUACAGUCAGGAAGGACAUCAUCUAUAUCACAUGAAAUUCUUGGAUUUGAUUCACAGGGGCAGGUCAUAAACUACAGUGAGCUAAUGACAGCAGAGGAAAUCUGCGAGAGUUCCACAAAGCUGGUGACCUUUAUAGAUCUGGCAGGACACAGGAAGUACCUGCGCACCACGGUCUUGGGUCUCACUGGUUACUCUCCACAUCAUGUAAUGCUGGUGGUUAGCGGGAGUGCAGGCAUUGUUGGCAUGACCAAGGAACAUUUGGCACUUGCUCUUGCAUUGGAUGUUCCAUUUUUCAUUGUUGUGACUAAGAUUGAUCUUGCAUCACCUACUGCAACUGUCCGAUCACUUGAUUCAGUUCUGAAAUCCGUUGGCUGCCGAAAAGCUCCUAUUCUCAUACAAAAUGAAGAUGAUGUGAUUACUGCAAGCUCUAACCAGUUGGAGGGAAAUAUUGUACCAAUUUUCUGUGUAUCAAGUGUCACAGGUGAAGGCCUUGAACUGCUUACAAAAUUUCUGCAUGUCAUUCCACCAGGCAUUAGUCUUAAGGAGAAGGAACGUCUAGAACAGGAAUUGUGUGAAUUUCAAAUAGAUGAAACGUUUAGAGUACCAGAAGUGGGCACAGUUGUGGGUGGCCUCCUUACAAAGGGUGUUGUUACCGAAGGAACAAGAUUAAUUAUAGGUCCCUUUGAUGAUGGUGAGUUCUUGCCAGUAAUUGUGCAGUCGAUUCACCGCAACAAGGCCCCAUGUCGGGUAGUUCGAGCAAGCCAGAGUGCCUCUCUUGGUCUGAGUCGAGAGGUCAGUGGACUCAGGAGCGGCAUGGUACUCCUAAGUCCAGAUUCAGAUGCAUCUGGAUGCUAUUUCUUUCAGGCAACAGUUUACGUCUUAUUUCACACCACAGCAAUAUACAGAGGCUUCCAGACAACUGUCCACAUAGGAAACAUUCGCCAGACUGCUGUAAUAGUAGGUAUAAUGGGUGUUGGUGGUAUUCAUACGAAUGACAGAGCGUCUGUAUUGUUCAGGUUUGUGAGGCACCCAGAACAUGUUAGAGUUGGUAUGAGGCUACUUUUUAGAGAAGGUGUUACUAAGGGUAUUGGCAAGAUAACACAAGUAUUUCCAAUCCAACAGCAGUGAAACUUUUCUAUUGAAAUGUUUAAUUGAAAAUUGCAAAGAAACACCAAUUAACAAGUACUGAUUCACUUCCCAUAGAGUCAAAGAAGUGACAAUGAGACAAAAGAAAACUGCACGUCAUUUCAUUUAUAUAUACACACACAUUUUCGAGUGUGCUUUAUUAUUAUCUUUUCUCAUAAAUCAGUCUCUCUUAAAUAAAACAGUAGUAAAACCCACUGGUAGUAUUCUAUCAAUAUGGCUGUGAGACUGAGCUCUGAAAUGUGUGAGAUUCCGUGCAUUCUAAUUAUACAGAGCCAUAAGUUAUUUUUUAAUACUGUUUUGAGUUACUUAUGAAAUAUUAAAAUGCUUAUGAACCUUUCUCAUUUCGGCACUGAUCUUUAAUCAAGAGUACAAAAUGUCAUUUUAUAGAUACUGGACCUAAUGUAUUGUGCCAUUUAAAGACAUUUUCUUUUUUAGCCUUACUUGUACUGUCUUAGUAAUAGCAUUGUAUUUGUGAGACUGAGUUGCUUUUGUACAAAAUGGAGCAAUAGGACUUUGUUAAAUUUGACGGAGGCAUUCUUGAACAAUGAAGAUGCAUGUAUAGGUCUAAUUUUGGAUGUAUCAGUUCUGUGUAUGUUUUUGAAAAGAUCAUAUGUUUUUGUUUAUUCUAACUAGUAGUUCAGUAUCUCAUGAACAGUACUGGCUUUACUCCUUCGUGUUUUAAUAUUAAUAAUAAUCUUACAGAUGUACAUUUAAUUGUUAAAAACUUUCUUUGAACACUAUUCAUUAGUAAAGCCCCUCUAACACAUAAUAUAAUAACAAAGUGUUGUGCAAAGUAAAUCUCUUUUUAUUAGAGCACUAUAGUCAAGGUUAUCAAAACUCAUCUUCUUUAAUAUGACUUUCUGUAACUAUGAUAGAGACACAUAAAAAAUAUUGCAAUUAAAGUUGAGAAAAUUCCAUUGCUUGGGCAUUACAUAGUUUAUUACACGGGAAAGGCUAUUAGUUUCACUAUAAGUUAUUCCAAAAGUAUAGAUUAUAUACUACAGAGAUAUAGUUACUGUUUUACUAUUUAAUUUUCUUGUGACAAGUUUUAAUAGUCACUCAGCCCUUUCACGAGACACAUUUUCUUCUGUCUUUGUCCUGAUCUGAUUUCAGUGUCAUUGUGUUGUUUUUGCUUCUGCAGUAUUCCAGUCAGUGAUAUUUACCUAUGAAAAAUUAAAAAUAUCCAAUAUUUCAUUGACUGUGAAUUUUAUGCAUUCUCAUAAUGAAGAGUAAAAUGCAGUAUGAAUGAAGGAAAGUUUGUGUUGUAUGUGAAAAAUUAUCAUAUUUUGACAAUCUGAGUCAUCAGAAAUAUGAUUUUGUUUACUUUUAGAAAGCUUAGACUAUUUGUUAUUUAUGUUCAUGGUGUAAGUUCAUAAUAAGGAUGUUUACUUUUCUGGGAAAGAUAUUCCUCUGUAUUGUAAAAGUGAUGAAAUGACUCGUUAACAGUUGUGUACUUGUGAAAGUUUCCACUCUAAUAGAUAAUCUCUGAUCAAUGCUGCCUGUAGUUACUAUAGUGAAAGUGCUUUGCAGAAAAGUAAUUUUCCUGAAAAUGGAAUUGCUUUUGAAAUGCAUACAAAAUACCAUAAUAUUAAUGUAUGUGCAACAUAAUCUUGAUUGCGAAUUUCAAACAACAAUACCAUCAAACAGGAAAGAUGCUAUCCCAGUAAUAGAGUCGUCAAGUUAGGGAAGAAAAGAAAUUCACAGUAGUAAUUCAUCUUGUAGGCAACGGAUUAUGGAUGGAAUGUAAGUACAAACAAAUCCAUUCUAGCCUUUCAUAUAAAAUCUCUCUGAUGUUCCUCUACCAUGUCUGUAUCUUCAUAGUAACAUGUGUGUUAUACCACCUCUGAUUUUGUCACUGAAGAUCAGUAGUGGUUUUUUUGUAUUGAUGUUGUGUGAAUGAAGGCUUCUUUUGUUAAAAUAAUACAGUCAUUUCUUUGAUGGUGAUGUUGUUUGAAAUAAUUAAUGAAGCAUUUUAUAAAUGCUGGAUAUAACAGAUUUGAAAAUCAUAAGAAAUAUGAUUUCAUAACACUUUAAAUAUAUGUUAUAAUUGUGUGCAAAUUUUUUGUAUAAUUUGAGUACUGUGAGUUAUAUUUAAUUUCCAUUUGCGGUCCCAUUUCAAACUGCAUGGACAGAAAGUGAAAUGUGCUGCCAGUGAAGAUUUAGCUCUUUGACAUCUCUAUUCAUGAAAAUGAGUUGUAUAUUAUAUGUCAUAAAUUUUACAUUGUGUACUUAAUGCUUUUAUGUUUGGAUUCUUGGACUCCAGCCAAAUCUAUGUCUCUUUCUUUGAUAAUGCUGGUAAACUUUAUGUAUGGUGAAAGUCUUAUUCUUUUCUAUAUUUUUGAAAUACGUGUAUAGGUGCAGUGUAAUAAUGAUACAGCUCAAGGAAUCAACAUUUUCUGCAGAACAUAUUGUAAUAAUUGUUUCUAGGUCUUUUGUUUAAAAUAUGAUUUCAUAUAUUUCAUUUCACCCCAUGUACCUGUAUGGAGAACAUAUUUUGUAUAUAUUAUGUACAUUUUUGUUGCACAGUUGUAAGUCAAUCAUUAAUGUGUAAAUGUGUUAUAUUGUGUGCAUGUGUAAAUAUUAGUUUGACUCAUUACAUGCCAUUUUCAAUAAUUGCUGAAACACACACAUCUUUUGUAUCAUGCUGUGUGCUGUCACAAGAGCAAAGAAAGUACUGUAUCUGAUUACUUGUCAGUCUGUGUAGUAACUGAUGUAUCAUCAUCUUGCUCCAGGCUUUUGAUUGCAUUAUAAUAAAUUAAGCUAGUAAAUACUCUCUUUGUUUCAUUCUCAGUGCCAUGUUGUUCUACUGAGAAUGUCAUUUACAUGUUCACUCAGCAGAUUUUACAAGCAUUAAAUAAUAAAAUAGUGCUGGUUGGCAUUUUCUGUGACCUGUCUAAGGCAUUUGACUGUGUGUGUCACUGUACUCUCAUAAAUAAAUUUAAGUUUUAUGUGAU